GAUCAAUUUAAGCUGGUAUGACCGAGUGGUUAAGGUGGCAGACUUAAGCUAUAGUUGACAACAAAAGUUGACUAGACACUAUAAACUCUGCUGGCGAAAGCCGCAGCGGUUCGAACCCGCUUGCCAGCAUCUGAUUGGCUCUCGCCACCCCUUGAGUGGGUCGUGAGUUCCACUUUUUGCCCUGUUGAGUCUCUGGUUCGAUGCCUGGUGGGGGCAGCCUCAACCGCAGGUUUAAUAGUCUUUUGCAACCAACUAGGUCGCGCCUGGAAGCUGUUUUGCGGUGUGAUGUGACAGCCAUGCGAGCCUGUCUGUUCAUGCUGGCUGGCUGGCGACGAGGAGCCAGUCCCGGUCGGUUUGGCUGGUACACGGUGUUGUUCUGGCUGGAUAAAUUGGAUCGGCGGUCGCAUAGCUGUGCUCGGUUAACUGACUAUCAAACAUGACAUCGACGUCAGGAUCGUGGCUGUCCCAAUACGUCCUACUGGGCCGGCGGGUCUACUCAUCUAGUGGAACCGGCGACACUCCCCCGUUGGCGAUGGUCGUCUUGGGUUGCGCGAUAAACUCCAAGAAUUCGGAUUUGAGGCUGGUAGACGAGCCAAGCAGCGCGAAGAGAAGCGCGCCGGAUGUUGGAGGGAAAGGAGCCGGUGCGACCUGCUCUCUUCCCGAGCCAUUGUGCAGGGUCUCUGUUACCAUCUGUCUCUUCAGAGUGCUGCUCAAGCUUGUAAAGACUGCGGGGCCAAGUGUCGGCGCACACCCGAAUCGAUUCUGUUCGUGUGGGCAGGUGAGGAGGCGUGAUGUGCAGGUGAAAAAUGGAAAAUCCAACUUGCGUCUGGAUCGUGAGAGGCGGCGAGAUGUGCCGUCUGUGUUCGCCAGUGGUUGUAGUGUCUUCCAUCUUGUCACUGAUGGCCAGCCAAGCAGGACUUGUCGAACUUUUGUGACUUUGAUGGAUCUCACAUGAGUUUGAAGGAGAGUAAGCGUGAGUGUACACAGGCGGAGUGGUGGGCAGACACUUA